CGCGCGGUUUGGCUUGCGGUUUGAACACUUCUACUCCAAACCACAACAAACCAAGGAAACUUGAGUACAACCUCGCAUGGGAGACGAUUAAGGAGCCGGAAGAAUGGGUCAAAAGUUUAGCCGGUUUUAUCCGGAUCGCAUGGUAUUGACAAGCCUUUUUUAGCACUUCAGGAGUCAUUUUAUUCCUAGCUAACCACAACAAUAGGAGGAUAGAGAAACCGGGGUCUCGUGAUCCCCUCGGAAGCAGUCUCUCUGCCAAGCUCCUGGCCCCUUGACCGCGGUUACGAACGCUCAGUUCUCUGAGGAGUUGCCUUCGUGCUUUCACCAAGGAUUGAGGCAAAAGUUGCGCGAAUGGUAAGAUCUAUUUCUGAGAAGCAAGGAAAUCCGUACGCCACCAAGUACAGAACUUUAAUCUGCGGUCUUGAUCAAGAGCUGGGGACUAGAUUGGCUCGAGUACUGACACAAGAGCCCGCACGCCGCCGCGUGAUGUGUCAGCAGCUAGCCAUAUCUACGGUCUUUUGCACUCUCGUGCUUUUUGCGACCGCAAGGCCUGAUGGGCUCUUUUUGACUGUGGAAAUGGAAGAGGACCCACACGCCAGCCCUCACACCAGCCCAUCGUCAUGGCUGUACCAGGGCGAUAUCAUGCUAUCACAAGACCAAGAGAGUCUGCUGGACUUACCGACAAAAGACAACGAGAAAACCACCUUUCCCCAUCGCGCAUACAUGGCGAGUCGAGAUGAGAAGCGCAUCUGGUACGAUGGCGUCAUACCCUACGUCAUCGAUUGUAGUUUGAAGAAUAUGCCGGGACUGUUAGAGGUCGUACGAGGAGCCAUGAAAGAGUGGGAAUCAAAGACCUGUGUGCGGUUUGUUGAGCGGGAGGGGGAAGAUGACUACCUCACCAUCUUCAGGGGUACUCAUUGUUACAGCACGGUCGGUCGAGCAAAGGGCAAGCGCAUCAUGUCUGUGGGGAAUGGGUGCGAGUACCAUCACGUGAUGCUGCAUGAGUUGGGUCACGUGAUUGGCUUCUGGCACGAGCAAAGCAGGCCGGACAGGGACGAAUAUGUACGGGUGCUGUGGCAUAACAUCGCUAAAGGAUGGGAGAAUGCGUUCCUGAAGUUGAGUUGGGAGGCUGUUGACACCAUGCGCGUUCACUAUGACUUCUCCAGUAUCAUGCAUUAUCCCUUCGAUGCAUUCUCGAGAAACAACAAGCGCACCUUACUCCCCCUGAUCCCCGUCAAGGCCACGCCCUACACCAAACUGACGGAUCGGGACGUUCUCAAGGUCAACCUUAUGUACAAGUGUUCUAGUGUCGGUCCACCAACGUCUCACUCUGACCAAGAUGAGCCAAUCGAAGUGCGGCACAGACACAAACGAGCUCUACAAGAUUCUGCACGGGCCAAACGAGUGACUCGAGCAAUCUGUAGAGACAAACUGUACUCUUGCAAGCUCUGGGCGAAACAGGGUUUCUGUGAAAUCCGGAAGGACUUCAUGCCAACGGAAUGCCCUAAAAGCUGCAAGAUCUGUCAAGACAAGAACGAGAGGACGACAACAUAUGAGUAUGCAAUAAGAGCUCCAAAAAACACGUUGUCAGUUGUAAUAACCGACACUACGCCUGAUGUGCAUCAUGGUAAAAAAAUCAGAAACAACGAACGCAAAAAGCUUAGACGGAAAGCGAAAAAACGAGCUAAGAUGGAGCUACAACAAAUACGCAAGCACAGGGACACUUAUUGUAAGGAUAGCCAAAAGUCCUGUAAAUACUGGGCAUCUCGUGGAUUCUGUAACACAAGGGCCGACUUUAUGUUGAAGCACUGUCAAAAGAGCUGCAAUACUUGCGAACAAGAUAAGCUAGAAUGCUUCGAUCGUGAUCCUCGCUGCAGGUCCUGGGCACGAUGGCGCUACUGCUCAAGAUCCAAUUACAGACAAGUCAUGGAGAAAUUCUGCAGGAAGACCUGCGGUUUCUGCAAAGCAGGCUCUGACGCGUGCCGCGACCGUGAGCCCGAUGAGCGGUGCUUCCAUUGGCGGGACAGCGGCUACUGCUCGAGUAGUGAUAACGACAUAAGAAGAGCUAUGAAGACUAUGUGUAGCAAGACGUGCGACUUCUGCGCUCACAAAGACAGUAAAAACCCCACCAACAAACCGCCUUGUGUCGAUAGGUUUUGGGAAUGUCAUGGAUGGCACAAACUUGGCUAUUGUCAGACGAGACCUGGCUAUAUGGAUGAGUACUGUAAAAAGAGCUGCGGGAACUGUGCCGUAGGAGAAGAGAGAAAACAUGAUGUUUGUCUUGAUAACGAAGUCGAUUGCGAAGCGCGAAAGGCGCAGGGAUAUUGCGAAAAGAGGAAAACCUACAUGCAGUUUAACUGUCGGAAGACCUGUGGCAUGUGUGGAACGCGCAAGUCUCUGAAACCUGCUAUGCCCGUAUGCAAGGAUCGUACAAGCUGGUGCAGGAAGUGGGCUAGCUACGGGUACUGUCACACCAAGGCGGUCUACAUGCUGAAGUCAUGCAAGCGGAGCUGCGGCAUCUGCGAAGAUCCAAGUGGAUCCAAGGCAACUCCAGUUGGGGACCCUUCACUGCCUUGUGAGGAUAAGCACAAGUCGUGUGUCUACUGGGCCAGUAUUGGCGUAUGUGACGUCAGGCCGACAUAUAUGUACAAGCAUUGCAGACUAGCGUGCCGAGUCUGUACUCCAGUAAAGAAACACGAAGGACCCCCGUGUGAUAACAAAGAUCCCGAUGAAGAGUGCGACCAUUGGGCGAAACUCGGCAAGUGUGCUUCAAGGCCGAGCUACAUGAUGGAGAAGUGUCAGAAAUCAUGCAACGCAUGCCCGCCAAGGCUACACAAACUCAUCCCGGAGAAACCAAAAGGUAUCCUGUGCCAACUGUCUUGUAAACGGUGGAUUGAGCGAGGACUAUGUAACAAGUGGAGAAACCGCUGUCUCAGAUCAUGCCUGGCUCAAGGCUGUGACGACAAACCAGUGAGACCUGCAGGGACGUGUUCGGAACCGUUCGGUGCUGGAUGGGACUACAAGCUUUCCGAUGACGCGUUCAAUGCUUCCUCUUUUAUCAAGAAAGGAAAGUGGGACUUUGGACCACGCAACGCCCGCCUGUACAAAGAAGACGACUCCGUAUAUAAGCGCGUGGGAGGGUGGUGUGCGGCCGGAAAACGCAACCAGUGGCUCCAGGUGGACUUGGGGAAUGUACGGAUCAUUACGGCUGUGGCCAUUCAAGGUCGCGACAAGUCGUACGAGCACGUUAAAUCAUUUGAACUUGGAUUUAGCGUGGAUGGCAAGAAAUUUUAUAAGUAUAGAGAAAAGGGAAAAUUAAAGACAUUCCAAGGCAACUGCGACCAUUUCACACCGGUGGUCAACAAACUUCACCAAGCUCACGCGGCACGAUACGUUCGCUUCUAUCCCAUCACUCAUUCAAAUAUUUGUAUGCGCGUGGAGAUUUACGGCUGUGAUAAACUCAGAGGUGAAGCUAAGAGAGAUUACCCGUUUGUUAUUCAUCCCAGACACUACUACUAUUAAACAUAUCGUUCUUUAUCAACUCUUAAAGCUCAUAAGCUGCCAAUACCCAUCGAUUGCAUCUUGCCGCAAAUGAUGUUGCCACUCUCAACUAUCUGCCUCUACAUGGGGCCAUGGGGAGCAUCGGGUGGAAAUUCAUCCUCCUCAAUUUAUUUGAGUAAAUCAGUUAGGAAAGUAAGAAAGGUCCGUCUCUUUGUAAUGUAUAUAUAACAAAUAAAAUCUCUAACUUUUA